UUGACCCUGCCUUGAUGCCAAGGUUCGUAUACUGAAGAAAGGAGAGGCUGCAAUCUAAGAACAUUUCAAUCACACCCAAAUUACUUCUGUUGGCAGAUGAGAAGAGAAUUUGAGAGCAUUUGAACAAAUAAGAAGCCAAAGUAGCACCUUUAAAGAGCUGUUUAUUGAAGUGUGCUGGGAGAGGCGGAGCGGGGAUGAACAGAAAGACAUGAAUUGGCAUGGAACCACUGGACACUAACCAACAAAUAAUAGAGGUGGAGACCAUUCCAUCAUGGGCCACCACCACUACUGCCACCACCACCACUCCACACCACCACCACACCACCACCCCCUGCCACUCCUCUCCACCAUUCCCAGUUGAUGCAGAACUCAACGAAAAGCUGUGUGUGUGGAGUGGUGACGCCAGCCUGCUGCGUGUGUGUGCCGUGGUGAACAGCAGCAAUGAGAGCCUGACAGAACAUACACAGCCUGGCCUGGUGCUGCGAGCUGGGCCAAGACUCAAGGUGGAGCUCAAGAAUGAUGUCAAGAGCUGCAAGACGGGUGAAGUGCGGGUGACGGGGGGCUACAACCUCCCAGCGCGCUACAUCAUUCACACUGUCGGCCCAAAGUACAACAUUAAGUACCACACUGCCUCGGAAACUGCCCUGCAUAUGUGUUACAGGCGGGUGCUGCAGUGUGUGGUGGAGAAGAAGAUAAGAACAGUGGCAGUGUGUGUGAUAAACUCCGUCAACAGAGGCUACCCACCAGACCAGGGCGCCCACAUUGCCCUGCGCACAGUGCGAAGGUGUCUGGAGCACUGGGGGUCCUCAAUAGACAAAGUGGUGAUGGUGGUGAACAGUAUUGACACCAGUAUAUACCACCUCCUCACCCCACUGUACUUCCCUCGCACCACAAAGGAGGAGGAGAUCGCCUGCUGCCUGCUGCCGGUGGAGUUGGGUAAUGAGUUUGGGGAGCCUGUUGUACCUGACCGACAAAUUCGCAUCAUUGACAAUCCACAACAUAAAUAUGAAGACCUCUUACAGUUGAAGCAAGACGUGGAGGACACAGCAGACCUCGCGGCACAACUCCACACGUCGGUGAGUGUCGGGGAGCACGCCUUCUCCCACAUGGAGGACGAUAUCGACAAGCAGCGGCUCCUCGGCGGCCAGCCCUCCUACACCACCGCCGACCCAGAGACUGCCUCCAUGACCUCUGACCUCCAGCAUAAACAGAGAUAUGAGAGGCUGCUGCGGCGUGCUAAGAAUGAGGACCUGAGGGAGGUGUCGGGCAUUGGGUGUCUGUACCAGUGUGGCCUUGACAAGUUUGGACGGCCAGUGGUCAUCUUUAUUGGGAAAUGGUUCAAGUUUAAUGAGAUUAACUUGGACAAGGCCCUGCUGUAUCUGAUCUCCCUGCUGGACCCGCUUGUGAAGGGCGAUUAUGUCAUCAUCUACUUCCACACCAUCACCACUACAGAGAACCACCCUUCACUAUCAUGGAUCCGACAUGUUUAUGACAUGUUGGAGUAUAAGUACAAGAAGAACCUCAAGGCUUUCUACAUAGUCCACCCAACACUGUGGACCAAGAUUAUGACCUGGUGGUUCACGACUUUCAUGGCGCCUCAGAUCAAACAUAAGGUUCACUCAGUGCCUGGUGUGGAGUACCUGUAUGACAUAAUUGACCCAGAGCAACUUGAAAUUCCUGCCUACAUUACUGAACAUGACAUGACGAUUAACGGAAUUCGCUACUACCGUCCGAUCAACUCCCCAUCCUCCUGAGCAUUGGUGGCCGGCGGAUGAGUGGACAGGUGGAUGAGAGGGAGAGGGAGAGAAAGAGAGAGAGAUCUGCCACUCAUCCUUGCAAGAUAAAAAAAACAGGGAUAUAAUUCUGUGUUUGAUUGAGUUUUUGUUUGUUCUUGUUAUUGUUUUGAUGAUGGAAGAGGAAGGAGGAGGAG